GAUAAGCAAUCUGAGCUCUUGCUUCACAAAAACCCGCUUUGCUCCGUUGUCUUGGAUUCAGUUUUGUUCGAGCGACCGAUUCUGCAACACGUUCUCUUCCGCUUUGUGAUGGCUCCACUUCCGCUGUGCCUUCUGGUCUUGGCGGUGGCGAUUUGUGGCGGUCACGCCUACGAGGCACCUGAGGCACGGGUGCGCGUGUUCUAUCCCAAGGGAUUCGAGGUCUCCAUACCGGAUGAGCCUGGCAUUUCGCUGUUUGCCUUCCACGGCAAGGUGAACGAGGAGUUUGACGGUCUGGAGGCUGGUCGAUGGGCCCGCGACAUCCCCAAAGCCAAGCAUGGGCGCUGGAUAUUCCGGGAUCGGGAAACGAAGCUAAACUUGGGUGAUACUUUGUACUUCUGGACGUAUGUGGUGUACAAUGGACUUGGUUAUCGGCAGGACGAUGGUGCUCAUGUGGUAAAUGGCUAUGAUCAGAAUACAUAGGCCUCUGCCAAAAAUAUUAUUUAUAAUCAGAAUGAAAAAAAUAAAUUAAUAAGUAAACAAAAAUUAAUCUUUGUUUACAUUUUUAAAUACA